AUGGCGGCACCUCUCGGACGGGACAGCCUACCUGAUCACUGGUCGUACGGAGUUUGCAGGGAUGGCCGCGUCUUCUUCAUCAAUGAUAAAACUCGCAGCACUACUUGGCUGCAUCCACGCACCGGAGAGCCCGUUAACUCGGGACACAUGAUCCGCUCAGAUCUGCCCAGAGGAUGGGAGGAGGGCUUCACGGAAGAAGGAGCCAGCUACUUCAUCAACCACAGCCUGAGAGCUACAUCGUUCCGGCAUCCCGUGACUGGACAGAUUUCCCCUGACAACACAGAGUACACGCUACAAGACAGGCUAGAAUCCCGUAUGUCCAAGUCAGCGGCCAAUCAGAGAUCUCCCGGCAUGGUCACAGACUCCUCCAAGGCUGUGACCACAGCAGCAGUGGACGUCACCUCAGGGUCAAAGGGCUCCAGAGGUUCGGGGAAAGUGCACAGUUUUGGCAAGAGGGAUCAGGCUAUUAAAAGAAACCUCAACAUCCCAGUGGUGGUGAGGGGCUGGCUCUAUAAACAGGACAGCUCUGGAAUGCGGCUGUGGAAACGGAAGUGGUUUGUUUUAUCAGACUACUGCUUGUUUUACUACAAAGACAGCCGAGAGGAAACGGUGCUCGGCAGCAUCCCUCUGCCCAGUUAUGUCAUCGCACCGGUGGAGCCCGAUGACCACAUCAACCGCAAAUAUGCUUUCAAGGCAAGCCAUACAGGAAUGCGCUCCUACAUUUACAAUAAGAACUCUGUGAUUGGCUCGCAGGCAGAACACUGCGGGAUGCGGACAUAUUUCUUCAGUGCGGACACGCAGGAGGACAUGAAUGGCUGGAUCCGGGCCAUGAACCAGGCUGCGCUGAUGCAGCAGAGUCACACUAUAAAGAGAGAGCUAGAGAAGCCAGAUAAGGGUGCACAGCAGGCAGUCCCACAGAGCAACCACGUCCACAUCAACCAGAACUCAUCUCGGUCAGAAAUCCUUCACAGGACGGACCGGGACGAACCUCAGGACAAUGGCGUCAGACUGGCUCACGGAGAAGAGCUGAGGUAUGGAUUAGAGAUCCAGGGGAAGGCCAGCCAGUCGGCCCCAGUGGAUCGAGUGGAGAGACUGUCUCCAGACUCCGUCAACGGUGCCGCCCACAAGAACGGACAGCCGGCUGUGAUCCAAGUGGCUCUACCGCCAGAACAAAAUGGAAAUCUUGUCUAUCAGAGGAGUUUUGUUUCACGGACGGACACUGAGAAACACGUGCACAUGCAGAGGAAGAACACGCUGGCUCAGGUGGAGCACUGGGUCAAGGUUCAGAAAGGAGAUCCCUCGAAAAGUGCUCCCUCUGCAGAGUACAACCUGCCUCGGCGGACUCCUCCUUUAAAACCCAAAGCCAGCACAGCAGAUGUCACCUAUCAAUCAUUGCCAAAGUCGCCCCGUCUCCCGUCCGGCAGCAGCUCCCCUCCAGCAACGUGCAACCUUCCCAGUGACUACAAGUACGCCCACGACCGACUCAGCCACUUCCGUAUGUCCACGGACGAGCGAAUGGCCACCAAGGAGGGGAUGGUGUGGCAGCUCUACGAGUGGCAGCAGCGGCAGCAGUUCCGUCACGGCAGCCCCACCGCCCCCAUCUACACCGGCCCCAACUUCACAGACUCCUCGUCCUUCAGAGUCACCGUGGAGAUGCCGCGCUCCAUCUCCGUCCCUCCAUCGCCGUGUGAAGUCCCGCCAUCAGUCCCGUCCUCCUUCAAACCCCUGUCCCCACGCAGGCCACACACCCCUUCAGACAGACGCACAGUCCGGCCCCUGGACGAGGUGGCGGCGGGGGACAGCACAAGGUCGAGCUCCCCCGGCCACAUCUGUGCCCACCUCUCUCAGACCUCCCAAAUAGAGAGACGAUCUGUGCCAUCCAUGGGCUACAUCACGCACACCGUCAGCGCUCCCAGCCUGCACGGCAAAACGGCUGAUGAUACUUACAUACAACUGAAGAAGGACCUGGAGUAUCUAGAUCUGAAGGUUACUGGACGUGAGAGUUUAAAAAAAGAAAGACCAUCGAGGCCUGUGAAGAUCGCAGAAAGCGACGCCGACGUGAAAUUAAGUCGACUGUGUGAACAAGACAAGAUCCUGCAGGAGCUGGAGGCCACGAUACGCACUUUAAAGGAGGACAAGGACAAGCUGGAGUCUGUGCUGGAUGUUUCCCACCAGCAGAUGGAGGAGUACAGAGAUCAGCCGGCUCACGCUGAGAAAAUUGCCUAUCAGCAGAAAUUACUACAAGAAGAUGUGGUCCACAUCCGGGCGGAGAUAUCCCAAGUGUCUACGGAGAUGGAGAACGCAUGGAACGAGUACAGCCGCCUGGAGAGGGAUGUGGACUGGCUGAAGUCGGCCCUGCAGGGACAGAUGAACCGCAGUGAUCUCACCCAGCAGGAAAAAGUCCAGAUCAGAAAGGAGCUGUGGAGGAUUGAGGACGUGAUCGCAGGCCUCAGCACCAGUAAAGCCAACUACAAAGUCACUAUCUCCUCUGUUACCAACCCAGAGAGGAAAUUUGUGCCUUCGGUGUCGGUGUCAUCAGUGCCUUCUGUGUCUGGGAGCCCGUCUGCUAUGGAGAUGAGAUUAUCCCAGCAGCAGCAGCAGCACAGCCCCCACCUCAGCCCCAGCAGCCACACCCCCACGCUGUCCUGCAGCCCCAGCCAGCAGCCGCUGCACCACUCUGCCACCGUCAUCAGUGGGCUUAAAUGGAGUGAGGAAGACGUGCCUCCCAGACCUCCUCUACCUCAGCUCUACAGUCCCGACGAGCAUCCCCCUGCUGUGCCUCCGUUGCCCCGGGAGACGACAGUCAUCCGACACACCUCCGUACGCGGCCUCAAGCGGCAGUCGGACGAGCGCAAGAGGGACCGAGAGAUCGGCCAGUACACAAACGGAGACAGUAAGGUGGAACUCAGGCCUUUCCUGAGCGACCCGGAGCUCAUGGGAGCAGGAGACGGCUCCAGCCACAUCAGCAUCGUAGCAUCUGGGCACGACGGAGGGUACCAGACGUUACCGAGCAGAGGAAUGGCUGGAUCCUCACUUAGAGUAAAUCAGUCUUCCAGCAUCUCCUCGUAUGUGACUCUCCGAAGAUCGGCCUCAGCAGUCGGCAUGAAGGAGAGACCAAAAAGUGCCUUGGAGCGUCUGUACUCUGGGGACCCGGUCCAGCAGCAGCAGCAGAGGGGGAAGAUGAGCGCCGACGAGCAGCUGGAGCGGAUGAAGAGACACCAGAAGGCCCUGGUCCGCCAGCGCAAACGCACCCUGAGUCACGGAGACCGCCACGCCUCCUCGUCGUCGCGCGGCUCGACCUUGUCCUCUCGCCCGCUCUCUGCAGACCUGGGAUCAUGGAAGCGAGAGCAGGACUUUGACCUGCAGUUGCUCGAGAGGGCUGUUCAGGGGGAAGAGGCUCAGGGAGUUAGGAGCGUCCAGGGGGAGGAAAGACCUCCCGAGCACAAGGAGAGGCCGCGCUCGCACUCCGACGAAUGGCUGACCUUCCGCUCCAUGGCCACGACGCCGCCCGCCCACGAGGUCGACCUCGAGCCGCUGGACUACGACCUGGACCUCAACAAAGAGCUAUCCAAGCCUCAGAAAGUGUUGAUUCCGGAGCGCUACGUGGAUUCAGAGCCGGAGGAGCCGCUCAGCCCUCAGGAGGUGGAGGAGCGCCAUCGAAAGGUGGAGCGCAUCAAGAACAUCUUGGCAAAGUCCAGCGUGCAGAACCUCACGCCGACAGCGUCCGUGGACAAGCCGGACGUGGGGCUGGUGGCGCUGGACUCGGCUCUGCAGGAGCAGGAGAGGAUCAUCACCAUGUCCUACGCUCUGGCCUCGGAGGCUUCGCUCAAGAGCAAACUAGUCGCAGCUCAAGCGAUUUCCGGACACUGAGGUGCUACUCCACAACCACGGAUCCUUCGACAAAAAGAGGAUUUUUUGUUUUUUCCCCCGUUUCAUUUCUUUAUAUACAGCAAUAGAGAAAACGGUAGUAAACAUUUAACUUUGCUCUCUGAGGCUCACGCGGUUCGUUGGAAUGUUUUUAGCGAGUUUCACCAGAGAGACUUUGCAACGGGAGCUGCUGUGCUUAUUAACUAUGGAAGUGUCUAACAAAUGUUACCCUCAUUAUAAUAAUAAGAAUUAAAAAAAGAACAUUUUCUACAAGUUAUUGCACUUUGAAUUCGACACUCGAUCAUAUUUUCAUGAUACGACUGAAUUGCUUUUUCUUGAUCUCAACUGGAAACUUCCUUUUUUUUUUUUUUUUCUUCAUCAGGUACAGAAUGUUACGAACAAGAGGUACAACAUGCAUCAUGUUAAUAGUAUUUUUGUCGAUACUCAGAUAAUAUUCUUACACCAAACCACUUGAACUCUCAUGUGUACGUACCUGUAGCACUGCCAGUCUCCUUUAGGCUUGCCAAAAUGAAUUUUAUUUUUGCUUACAUCAGGAUGAAAAUAACCUUUAACAUAUUUUUUUGUGUGACUCGGGCGACGGAGAUUUAUAAAGAUGUGAAUAUUAAAGAUAUUAACACAGUA